AUGUCAUCAGCACCUUGGAAAUCGAUCUUAAAAUCCUUAAUAUCGGAGAAUAUUAAAAAUUUGAAAAGCAGUACACCGAUAUUACCAAUGCAGUUUUCAACAUAUGAUACAUUAACAUGUAGACCAACAAAUCGUAGUGUGAUGUUUCGUGGAUUUUUAGGAGAAAGAAAAGAUGAAAUUCGUAAAAAUGAAAUAAUAAAUUAUUUAAAUUCUAUAUCAUCAGAAGCUAAUUUGAAAGAAUUAAAUCCAGAAAUUGAAACAGAUUUAUUAGUUAUAACUACAGAUAUUAGAUCGGCUAAAGUAAACCAUUUGUUGGAGAAUUCUGGAUUUGAAAUUUGUUGGUGGUUUCCAGUAACCACUGACCAAUUCAGAUUAUCAGGAAACGCAUAUAUAUUACCAUCACCAAUAAACCCAAUUAUUGCACAUUUUCCAUCAGACAUGUUGCUUUCUCCGUAUUCUUUUUCCGUUGAUUCAAUAUCUCUAAUUGAACAUUUUGAUUGGGAACAAGAACGAAAAAAACAUUGGUAUGAAACUUCCUCUGAUUUACGCGCUACUUUUUUAGAGCCUCAACCAACGCAAGAAAAUGAAAUAUCCAAUGUGGUACGAGAACUUGAUCCAAUAGGUAAAACUAUGGAAGAGAAAUUGUUAGUCAAGAAAGCAUUAGAAAACUUUGCAAUUGUGGUGAUGAAAGUUGAUUAUAUUGAUCAUCUUAAAUUAUCACCUACUCCUAUUCAAACUAUUUGGAAAUUUCAGAAAAGUGAUGAUGGUUUAAAUAAAGAGGAAUGGAUUAAAAAGACAAAAGCAUACAUCGAUGAUACAUAUCAGAAGGCUAUAUCAACACUAUUCGACAAACUUGAACAAGCCAAUUGGGCCAGUACAGAAAAACAACCUGGUGAAAAUCAACUAUCUGAAGAGAACCAAACAUCCCUAGCAACCAUAAACUCAACAGAAACACAGGAAUUUCCAACACAAGGUAAUUACCCACUUACUCCAAUUUUUAAUGAUAUAAUUGCAAACAUGAUACCAAUGGAAGUGGUAGAUGAAAGAACUCAAUUUAAACUAUUACGACAUAUAACAACAAAUGAUCCUCCAGCUCUCCAAUCAGUUAACGAAACACUGUCAAGCAUACCUCCAUGA